UGCCGCCGCCGAGCGUGUGCGGUGAGAAGGAAAAAAAGGAUGUGACCGGAGCAUUACGAAAAUGGGCGCCCGCGGUUGAUGUCGGUCGGUCGGACGGAGCAGCUAUUAUCAAUUCAGUCGUCGACUCGUCGUGUUCUUUGUAUCGCCGCCGCCGCCGCCGCCGCUCCGGAAAGAUCGUCGACGUACAUCUACGUACGCCGUACGCGGCCGCCGCGGUUAGUAGUCGGACGGCAGACAAUGGUGCGUUACGUCCGCUGCCGCCGUCGUUGAAUGUCGCGCGUGAUAUUAAUAUUAUAGUAAUAUUAUUAUUAUACUCUCGUCACCACCGCCGAGUAAGGGCCUCACGCGCCAUCCAUCGUAAUAAAUUAUUAUAAUAUUAUAAUUAUUGGUCGUUUUUGAAAGAAAAAACAAAUAAUUUAUAACAUCUCCGUGUUUUAAUACCUAUCCAAUUGCUCGUUAUUAAUUUAUUUGUGCGAAAAUAAUAUUCACGUUAUAAUUAUAUUAUAUAGUCUACCGUUAAAAUCGUUGAAUUUUUUUUGUCUCGUCGAAAUCUGUAUCCGCACACUACAUACGCCACUAUGAUUGGCGUCGAGAAGAAAGAUGAUGGCGACCGUUCGACCGUUUCAAUGGACCAGACGUUCACAGGCACCAUACGCAUAAAGCUCUGCGAGGCUUCUGGCCUGCGGCCCACUGACCUGCAGACACGUCUCAAGAACAUGUCUUUUUUAAAGCCUGAAGACCCAUUGCUGGACGCUUAUGUAAGCAUUGACGUUGACGACAACAUAUUGCUCCGGUCAUCCACUGUGCCCAAAACUUAUGAUCCUGUGUGGAACGAGUAUUUCACUCAAGACGUUCACGAUGCAAACCGACUGGGAUUGACAGUGUUCCACGAUGCUGUCAUUGAAGACUUGUUUGUAGCCAAUUGUAAGCUGUCAUUCAGUGAACUCAUUCAACGUGAAAUAUCAGAAGAUCAAGAAUUUUGGGUGCAUUUAGAACCGCAAGGAAAAUUGCAUCUUCGAAUAGAUCUGAAAUGGAAUUCAAAAGAUUUACCAGUUCGCCCACUAGAAUUCAAGGAACGACAAGGCCUAUUAAACCGAAGACGUGGAGCCAUGAGGAGACGAGUACAUCAGGUGAACGGACAUAAGUUUAUGGCGACAUUCCUCAGGCAGCCAACGUUUUGUUCACAUUGCAGAAAUUUCAUAUGGGGAUUUGGCAAACAAGGAUAUCAAUGUCAAGUUUGCACGUGCGUGGUCCACAAGCGGUGUCAUAUGGAAGUGGUAACAAUCUGUCCGGGAUUCGGAAAGAAAGAGUUAAGUCAGGGAAACCAAUCUCAGCGGUUCAGUGUCAACGUUCCUCAUAGAUUCAAACCACAUACUUAUAAAAUAUUUACAUUUUGUGAUCAUUGUGGUUCACUACUUUACGGAAUCUACAGACAAGGCCUACAAUGCGAAGUUUGUACUCUAAAUGUACACAGGAGAUGUGUGAAAAAUGUCGCAAAUAACUGUGGCAUUAAUCCCCGUGAGAUGGCAGAUACAUUACGAAGCUGUGGUUUGAAUGUCAGCAAAAAUGUUGACUGGCCUGGUGGAAAUGGUAGUUUUAGCAUCAGCAGUGUUUCAGGAAGUGGAAGUGGUUUGCACCGUGAUCUCAGUCAGCAAUCUUCCAAUACCUUAUUGGGCAUAAUGUCUGAUAAGAAUUCUCCGCAAGACAAACGAAAUAGUGACAAAAUGUCCAAAAUGAACCAAAGCAUGAGCUGUUUUAACUUAGGUAAUCGAAAAAUGAGUGUAACAGAUUUUACUUUCAUAAAAGUGUUGGGUAAAGGAAGUUUUGGCAAAGUUAUGUUGGCUGAAAAACGAGGAACUGAUGAAGUCUACGCUGUCAAAGUGUUGAAAAAAGACGUGAUUGUGCAAGAUGACGACGUUGAUUGCACCAUGACUGAGAAACGUAUUUUAGCUCUCGCGGCUAAACAUCCGUUUUUAACUGCUUUACAUUCUUCUUUUCAGACCAAGGAUCGUUUGUUUUUCGUUAUGGAAUAUGUGAACGGUGGCGAUCUGAUGUUUCAAAUUCAGAGGGCUAGGAAAUUCGACGAGCUACGCGCCAGAUUUUACGCAGCAGAAGUGACGCUUGCUUUGCAGUUUCUACAUCGGCACGGUGUAGUUUAUAGAGAUUUGAAGUUAGACAACAUAUUAUUGGACAACGAAGGCCAUUGUAAGCUUGCUGAUUUUGGAAUGUGCAAAGAAGGCAUAACUGAUGGAGUAACUACUACCACAUUUUGCGGAACUCCUGAUUACAUAGCUCCUGAAAUUCUUCAAGAAUUAAAUUAUGGUGCAAGUGUCGACUGGUGGGCCUUGGGUGUUCUCAUGUAUGAGAUGAUGGCUGGCCAACCACCAUUUGAAGCUGACAACGAAGAUGAUCUUUUUGAAUCUAUUUUGCACGAUGAUGUUCUUUAUCCUGUCUGGCUCAGUAAAGAAGCAGUUUCAAUUUUAAAAGGGUUCAUGACAAAAAACCGUAACAAGCGCCUCGGCUGUGUGGUGGCUGAUGGCUCAGAAUCAGCUAUAAGAAUCCAUCCAUUUUUUCGAGAUUUGGAUUGGGAUGCCUUAGAAAAUCGUCGUGUCAAACCACCUUUCAAACCAAAAAUUAAAAAUAAAAAAGACGCAAUGAACUUUGACGCUGAGUUCACUAAGGAAGAACCAGUUUUGACACCUGUGCCUGUGGAUGUAACUUUAUCAAUUAACCAAGAAGAAUUUCAAGGGUUUUCAUUUGUCAAUUUCGACUUUAAUCCAAGCAAAUUCAUCUCUUCUCAAUCUUCAGAUUCUUCUAAAUAAUAAUAACCCUAUAAAAAUUUAAUCUUGCUGAAACCCGAUUCGAAGAGAAAUUUAUCGAACAAUCUGCAAUAAACAAAAAUGAUUGUUAUGUGAUACGCACAAGUCUACAUAUUGGUAUUAUUACUCACGAGUUGCCUCUAAUAUAGUAUAUAUAUAUAACUUCUAAUAAGAUUAUCACUCUAAUAUUUUUCUAGUCUAGGAUCAAUUAAGCGAAUCAAUCGAUCCUGCAAUAUUGAUUAGUUUAGCUGAAUCUAAAGUACCUUAUUUAUUAUUAAAGUAAAAUAUACCCGUGCUCGGAAUGAUCUAGAAUUCUAUCGUAAAUUAAACAGUAUUAUUUUGCAUUUUAUUAUAUAACCAAACUAGUCACUAUAUUAUUAUCGAUCGUAUAAUCACUCUCGAAUGUCACUCAAUUAUUUAAUAUAUUGUAUUUAUGUUAAUUUAAUGUUUAUUUACCGUGAAUUACGAUACUUAUUAUUUUUUAAUACGCUACCUAUUUGUUUUUGUUUACCAUUAUAAACGUCUAUGCAAAGUGACCAUCAAAAAUUCUCUAUGACAUACAAUUCCGAAUGAUAUGACCGAAAUUGAAUUCACACGAUAACACAUAUUAUUUGACGUGAAAUUCUAAUACUUACCAACGAAUUUUUUAUGAUCUAAUAUUAUUAUAAUAUGUUAUUAUAUAGUAAGCAACGUUAGAACUUUCUAAUCAAUUAAUAAUU